GCCCUACCUAGCUUAGAUAAAAAUAGUAUAGUUUAUUGCUUUUUAGUGGUUGCCGACAAAAAAUAUGUGACCACUCGAUUUAUGUCAAAAACAUAGUGGCAUAUUUAUGGGGCAUGAAUUUUAUCAGAGUCAUGAAUAAAUUGAAAGCACAGAUUGUGAGUCCAUUGGUGUAAACAUGUUGGACUUCGAGCAAAAAAUCAACUCACUGACGAGUCAUUGAGCAAUGACCUUUGAGUUGACACGUAAAAUCGUAUAAAAUCCAGUAGACAUUGGUCUGCAACAAAUCCUAGCAGAGCCAGUUCAAUAAAAAUAAAAAAAAAAAGGUUAUUGACGGAUGCACGGCCUACCAUUUUGAGGAAGGACGAUCACAAUAAUAUCCUUACUUUCGUCAGUUUUUUAGUUUAAGUUUACGCAAAAAAAGGUGAUACGGAUAAGAAUGGCAGAUAAAAUUCGUUUUGAUGGCCGAGUCGUUAUUGUUACGGGAGCUGGUGCAGGUUUGGGCAGGGCCUAUGCAUUAUUGUUUGCUUCAAGGGGAGCAAGUGUUGUCGUUAAUGACUUAGGAGGAGGUAGAGCCGGAGACGGCAGCAACACUAAAGUUGCUGAUGCUGUUGUAAAUGAAAUACGUCAAAAUGGUGGUAAAGCUGUUGCCAAUUAUGACUCGGUGGUUAAUGGAAAAGGCAUUGUACAAACAGCGAUAGAUGCUUUCGGUCGAUUAGAUAUUCUUGUAAACAAUGCAGGAAUUCUAAGAGAUCGAAGUUUUGUGAAGAUGACUGAGGCUGAUUGGGAUAUAAUUCAAGAUGUGCAUGUAAAGGGUGCUAUGAACACAACCCAAGCGGCAUGGGGACAUUUUCGUAAACAACGAUACGGUCGUGUCAUUUUCACGUCAAGCAACAGUGGCUUGUAUGGAAAUUUUGGUCAAGCCAAUUAUUCUGCGGCUAAAGCUGCUCUCGUUGGGUUGGCCAAUACGCUGGCGAUUGAAGGACGAAGCCACAAUAUUCACGUUAAUGUUAUCGUGCCGACUGCGGGUUCCCGCUUAACCGAAGAUGUCAUGCCUCCAGAUUUUUUUCAAGAAUUAAAACCUGAAUUGAUUGCACCUGUCGUUGUGUGGCUGUGUCAUGAAGAAUGUGAAGAAAGCGGAUCUAUCAUUGACUCAGCUGUGGGUUGGGCUGCGAAAUGCCAUUUAGUCCGAUCGAAGGGUGUUAAUUUUCGACAAAAUUUAUCGACCCCUGUAACUCCUGAAGCAGUAAAAAGUAAUUGGGCCCAAGUCACCGACAUGAGUAAUACUCAUCAUUUUGGAUCGAUUCAAGAAGCCACCGGUGAAUUGCUCAAUAUUUUGGAACAAACAAGGAGCGGUGGCUCCAAUAACGAGCCGCAACACAUUCUUGAGCAUACCUACAAUUAUCGGGAUACGAUUCUUUACGCUAUUGGAGUUGGAGCGAAGAAAUCCGAGGCAACUGAUUUUCAAUACCUCUACGAGAAUCAUGAAAACUUUUCCAUUUUGCCUUCCUUCUUUCUAAUAUAUGGACCAAUGGGUCCUAUGGGGACAAAUAUUAUGGAAAACUGCAUACCAGGAACUUCCGUGGAUUUGACAAGAGUUCUACACGGUGAACAAUAUUUAAAAGUACACAAGGCACUGCCCACGGAAGCAACGGUUGUGACACACUACAAGAUUGAUGAUGUACUCGACAAAACGAAGAACGCCCUCAUUUUGGUCAAUCACGAAACAUUUGACAAGAAAACAGGAGAUAAGCUCACUUCCGGUCAAAUGAGCGUUGUUGUGCGGGGAGCUGGAGGGUUUAAAGGUCCGCGUAAUUCGAGCCAUGAAAUACCAGCCGUAGAAAAACCAAAACGAAAACCCGAUGCAACUUAUACGGAAAAAACCAGCGGAGAUCAGGCUGUUAUUUACAGACUCAGCGGCGAUACAAAUCCUUUGCAUAUUGAUCCGAACAUGGCUGUAAUGGGCGGAUUCAAAGAACCAAUUCUUCAUGGACUUUGUUCUUUGGGAUUCGCUACGCGUCACGUCUUAAAGACAUUUGCAAACGGAAACUCUGCUCUAUUCGAGGCCAUUAAGGUCCGAUUUGCCCAACCCACUAUUCCUGGCGAAACACUUCAAACAAAUAUGUGGCAAAAUGGAUCGCGAAUUCAUUUUGAAACCAUCGUUGCCGAACGGAAUGUUGCAGUUAUCACAGGAGCUUACAUCGAUUUGAAAAGAGUAGAAAUUCAGUCAUUGCAACCCAAUAAAUGCCUGGCGAAGGAACAUCUUGAAAGCGACGCAAUAUUUGCUGCGAUAUCAAAUCUCCCAGCAAGCAGAAAUGUAUCUCUGCAAAAUCGGGCUGGUGGCAUUCUCCUCUAUGACGUUACCUCUGAAGGAGAAUUAAAACGAAGAUGGAGCGUGGACGUGAAACGGGGGAAAAUUUACGAAGGAUUGGUUCCAGGAAUCACUCCUGAGAAUACGAUUCGCGUUGACGACAAAGUCAUAAUUCAAGCGGUUUUGGGUAAGUGGAAUCAGCGACAAUUACGUCAACCAGUCAGUCCGAAUGUCGUGGGAAAUGUGGAACUUCUAGAAACUUUGAAACUUCUAAAUGACAAUUGUAAACCGAAGCUGUGAGAUAAAUGCCAAGUUUCAUCCUUUCAAAGAUGGAAAAAAUCCAUCGUAUUUUAUCAUACACUCGUUCAAUAUUUUUAUAGUUUUUUAACAUUGCAUUUAACACAGGUGAAGGUAAAGGACACGGUGUAUGGUACAUGUGCAAUGAAUAAAUAAACCAAGCUCAUCUCACUCAAUGACCAAGAA